AUGUUCAUCAUGUGGAUGGCCGGCAGCUCCAUCUCCAUCUUCCCCAUCAUGAUGGUGGGCAUGAUGUUCUUCAGGCCCAUCCAGGCCAUGCUGGCCAUACAGAACACAUUCAAAAGUAUUGAGGGCAACCAGGCAGCCUUCCAGAAACUAGUCUACUGUUUUGGCAACUUAGUCUGCUUGGCCCUGGCCGUGUAUAAAUGUCAGACCAUGGGAUUGUUGCCGACCCAUGCAUCCGACUGGCUGGCUUUUGUACAACCACAGCAGAGAAUGGAGUGGUCUGGGGGAGGAAUGUAUCUGUAA